AUGGCUUGCAAUUUCUUUCUUCAUCUUCUGCGUUUGUUCUCCUUCUUCUUUUUCUCCACAUUUAGAGGCUUGACACUGAGAGUUGCAGAGGCUCGGGUGGUUCCAGCCAUGUAUAUUUUUGGAGACUCCUUAGUAGAUGUGGGCAACAACAACUACCUCCAGUUUUCAUUUGCCAAAGCAAAUUUUCCUCACAAUGGGAUCGAUUUUCCUACCAAAACACCAACUGGGAGAUUUUGUAACGGCAAGAAUGCUGCAGAUCUUCUUGCUGAGAAAAUGGGCUUACCAACCAUACCACCAUAUCUCUCCAUCGCAUCUAAGUCCAACAACAUUGCCCUUUUCCUAAAUGGUGUUAACUUUGCCUCUGGAGCUGCCAAAAUCUUCAAGGACACAAAUCAACAAUAUCCUCAGUCAAUAUCUUUUGGAGAACAAGUAGACUACUAUUUGGCAGUGCAGAAAGAGCUUGUGCAAAAGCUAGGAGCGUCAAGAGCACAAACUCAUCUGUCAAAAUCUCUCUUCAUCAUUGUCAUUGGAAGCAAUGACGUCUACACUUACUUUGGCUCCUCCAUUAAUAACAGGACCUCACCCCAGCAGUAUGUCAACUCCAUGGCUGCCACACUAAAACAACAAGUGAAGCGCUUAUAUGAUUAUGGCGGUCGAAAAUUUGUGAUUGUUGGUGUUGCGCUUGUGGGAUGCACCCCAUAUGAAAGGAGUGAGCAAACAGAUAAAGAAUGCAAUGCAGAUGUGAAUCAAAUGGCUGCUAAGUACAAUGGAGUUCUUGUGUCAAUGUUGAAGAAUUUGAAAUCAGAGCUCAAAGGCAUAAACUACUCCUACUUUGAUGGCUACAGCGUCAUGCACAACUUCAUACAGAAAACAGCAGCUUAUGGAUUUGCUGAGGUUAAAGCUGCUUGCUGUGGCCUUGGGAAGCUCAAUGCGGAUGCUCCUUGCCUGCCAUUUGCAACUUAUUGCUCAAACAGAAGCGACCAUCUCUUCUGGGAUAGAACUCAUCCUACUGAGGCAGCUCACCGCAUCUUUGUGGAUCAUAUUCUUUAUGGUCCCUUACAAUACACCUUCCCAAUAAACGUGCAAAAGCUAGUUGCCGUUUAA